UGAAAGAUCGUUAUGCGUUACAAAUGAGAAAGUUCAUUCAUAAUUGGACGGUGGCACCUGUUGCAUCCGCUAAGAAAGUUGUUGAGACUUACCAAUUUUAUGAAUUCAACUUUUGACGUGUUGUUCACUCAUAUAUAUCUUGUUCACUUUCAUCCUCCGAACUGUAGAGGACAUGUUGUAGCACCUUUACUAGUCCAAACCCUGCAAACCCUCUCUACAUGCACGUGAUGGCGAGCGUUUUUGUGACUGUGAAAAGAGCAAAAGGAGAAGGGAAAAAAAUGCUACACUGCGCGAGAGUGUGCGACCUUCUCUCUCACUGUUACGCUCUUUCCCUCGCUCUCACUUACGCUCUGCGAGGGUCUGGCCGUCUGUGGUAUAUGUUGAAAAACUUUACUUUGAUGAAGAAGAGACCCUACUGUACUUAGCUUUAGGGAAAAAAAGACUCUUUUCAGCUCUUCUCCAAGCAUACCUACUAAAACAUAUUAAUACAACAUGCCUCCAAAGUUUGAUCCUAAUGAGGUUAAGUACCUUUACUUAAGAGCCGUUGGUGGUGAAGUCGGUGCUUCAUCUGCUUUGGCUCCAAAGAUCGGUCCUCUUGGUUUAUCUCCAAAGAAGGUCGGUGAAGACAUUGCUAAGGCUACCAAGGACUUCAAGGGUAUUAAGGUUACUGUCCAAUUGAAGAUUCAAAACAGACAAGCUACCUGUUCCGUUGUUCCUUCUGCUUCAUCUUUGGUCAUCACUGCUUUGAAGGAAGCUCCAAGAGACAGAAAGAAGGAGAAGAACGUCAAGCACUCUGGUAACGUUCCACUUGACGAAAUCUUUGAAAUUGCUAGAACCAUGAGAGAAAAGUCCUUCGGUAAGAACUUAGCUUCUGUUACCAAGGAAAUUUUGGGUACUGCUCAAUCUGUCGGCUGUAGAGUUGACGGUAAGCCACCACACGCUAUCAUUGAAGCUAUCGAUGCUGGUGCAAUUGACGUGCCAGAAAACUAAGUUAAUUAUAAUAAUUAUAAAAGACAACUUUGCUUUUUCUAUGUACAAAACUCAUAAAUACAACACUUUUUCCUCAACCCUAGUGCAGCUUUUUUUCUUUUUCAGAAAAAGAAAAUCAGUUACCACCAGUUUGCCAACACUCUGUUUCCAAGUUCCACACCAUACUUGGCAUCAAUUUUUAAUGCAAACGAGAUAAACUUGUCAAUUACUCACCGUCUUAUUCCUUGUUGUAUUCGUACAGCACGAUAGAAUUUGGCAUCGACUGUUAGUGACAGACAGUACUCUGGCUUCGGUCAGGAGAUCUUUGGAUCUGGCGGCCUCUGUCAAAACCUCUGUCGAUUACUCCAUGAAUCUGAUGGUCCA